AUGAGUGUAGCAGGAAAUUGGUGCCUUAUUGAAAGCGAUCCAGGGGUAUUUAAUGAAUUAAUGGCCGGUUUUGGUGCCGAUGGUUUAGAGUGUAUUGAAGUCUAUGACACUCAAAAUACAGAAUUCUUCAAGGAUGCUCUGGGGCUUAUUUUUCUAUUUCAGUGGGAACAUGAUCAGAAGAAGGAAUCAAAAUCUCUUGAUUUUGUUGACGAUAACUCAAUAUUUUUUGCAAAGCAGGUUAUCAAUAACGCCUGUGCUACUCAAGCCCUUAUAAACGUUCUUUUCAACGUAUCCUCCCCGAAUCUAAAACUUGGGACCACGUUAACAGAUUUCAAGUCGUUUGUUGCAGAUUUUGAUAGUCAUGUAAGAGCAUUGUAUUAUAAUUAUUCCAAUUGUAGAUGA